AUGUCGAGUUCCUUAGUGAAAAAACCGAUUGACCUAAACUUUGAAAGCUUGUUCAAACUUAUUAAUCCUCUUUUAAGGGCGAAUCUGUCUCAUCCAAAGAUUGAGAGGGGUUUCCGGUGGUAUAUUAAAUUCAGCAUCAUGUACGGCAUCUUCCUGUCAGUUUUUAUUCUCUUGGUUUACAGCAUUAUUUUUCAAGAUCUAAAGAAUGGUGAUUCCACUCAAGCUUGCGCUAACGGUAUUCUCUGCGUUGUUUACAUCGUUGUAACUUUCAACUAUUGCAUUAUGUUUACAUAUCGAAAUGUUCUUGAAGAAUUGAUUGAUAGAAUGAACCAUGAUUACAAACUCGCAAAGAAUUUUCCAGAAAAAGAGCAGGAUAUUGUCCUAAGUUUUGCUCAGAAGGGCCAAGGCAUUGCCAAAAUUUGGCUUAUAGUGGGGAUAUGCGCAUGCGGUUUGUUUAUAGUCAAGCAAUUUUAUCUAACAAUUUAUUAUACAAUCACCAGUGAAUUUAGAUUGAUACAUCUUUAUGACCUUACUUAUCCCGACGCUGUGGAGCAAGUUAAAUACAAUACAGUAGUUUUCUGUAUCUUGUACAUAUAUUUUCUUUAUUAUGAUGUCUUCGCAACGAUGAUGUUCAUUGGGUUCUCGCCGCUGGGUUCCAUUUUUAUGCUUCAUGCUUGUGGACAACUGGAGAUAGCUAAAGAAAGAAUUCUGGAAAUUUUUAAGGAAUACAAAUCCUCAGAGGAGAUAAACAAACAACUAAAGGAAGUAGCAACAUUUUUGAACACAACGUACAGGUUCGUGGAUAACCUACAGUUUAGUUUUAAAGUAUUAUAUGAACUAACGCUCAAAUCUACUAUAAUCGUUGUACCGAUUACACUCUACCAAAUACUUGAGUCGUUGAAAAAAGGCGAGUUUAGAGUUGAGUUCAUAACAAUAAUUGUUGGUGGAAUCACAAUGAGCAGCAUUCCUUGUUACUACAGCGACGUACUUAUGGAAUCGGGGGAUAACUUGAGGAUGGCAGUUUACACAUGCGGUUGGGAGGCACAUUGGGAACGCGAAUCCCGCAUCAUGAUCCUAAUGCUGUUGCUACGCGUGUCCCGACCCGUCGCCAUUCGCACAAUGUUUCGAGCCGUUUGCCUCGAUGCGCUCACUGAAGUUUAUCAUCAGGCGUACGCUAUAUUCAAUGUGUUAAAUGCAGCUUGGAAUUGA